AUGGAGGAACCGCCGUCCACGGCUGACGAGCAGCGGCCGGCGGACCCCGAAAUUGCCGCCGAUGAGCCCCGGGACGAGAAGCAGAUGAUGCAGGAGGAGAACAAAGUCGACACCGGUGUUGCAACUAUCGAAGCCGCACAGGCGAUCUGGGGUAAGAGGGGAAGAUGCGAAAUUGACAACUCAACCGUGUACAUUUACAACAACUACUCAACUUCGUCGUUCAACGCUCUAUCAAAAUUGUCAACUCUCAGCACGGCCUCGACCAUUAUCUUUGCCAUAGUCAAGCCGCCAAUCGCCAAGUUGUCAAACGUUAUUGGCCGAGGUCAGACCUAUAUCAUGACAAUCUCGUUCUACAUUUUGGCGUACAUUCUGAUGGCUUCCGCCAAGUCGUUCAACACGUAUGCAGCUGGCGGCGUGUUCUACUCUAUUGGCCAGUCCGGAACCAACAUCAUGAACGACAUUAUAAUCUCUGAUAUAACAACUGCCCGAUGGAGAGGUUUUGCAAUCGGUGUCUCCUUUGCUCCAUUCCUCGUCACUGUCUGGUGCUCUGCAUACAUUGUUGGUAGCGUUGUUGCAGAAGACGGCAUUGGUUGGCGAUGGGGCAUUGGCAUGCUGGCCAUUCUCAUGCCGUUCUGUGCAAGCUUCAUCAUCACCACCUUGAUUUACUACCAAGGACGUGCCAAGAAGAUGGCAAUUGCUCCGCGUGCUAGAAUCACUCUCUACGAUUUCUGCAGCCAGAUCGACCUUGGUGGCGUGAUCUUGCUGAGCGGCGGUUUGGCUCUGUUGCUGUUGCCGAUGACACUCGCAGCUACGUCCCCGUCAAAUUGGCGCACGCCUUACAUUGACGCGCUCAUUGCCAUUGGCGGCAUUCUGCUUAUUCUGCUGCCAUUCUACGAAGCAAAAGUUGCCGUAAACCCCAUCGUGCCCGUGCACUAUUUCAAGAACUUGACCAUUGUCAUCUGCCUGGUCAACAUCGCGCUUGAUAGUGUUGGCUUCAGCUGCACGCACACGUACAUCUACAGCUGGGUCAACAUCUCGCACAACUUCGCCGUUCGAGACGCAACAUUUUACGUGUACACAAACGGUGCAGUACAAUGCUUCAUUGGCAUUAUCGCGGGUUUGUUCAUGGUGUGGACGCGGCGCUACAAGUAUCUGAUGAUCACCGGCGCGGUUGUGCGCACAAUCGGCUACGGCAUCAUGCUUCGUCUACGUGGCGCUGAUAAUUCAAUGGGCGAGCUGUUUGCCGUGCAGGCCAUCCAGGGUAUUGGAAGUGGUAUCAUGCUAACGACGGUCCUGGUGCCAGCGCAAAUCAGCGUUCCUCAUGCCCAGAUGGCCCAAAUCACCGCAUUCGUCAUCUGCGUCUCCUUCGUUGGUGGCAGUGUUGGUGCCUGUAUUGCCGGAGGCAUUUAUACAAACACAUUCAAACCUGCCCUGUGGCAUCAUCUCGGCGACAAUGCUUCACCUGAGUUGGUCAACUCUUUAUUCGAUUCUAUCACAGGAAUGGUUCCCGAAUGGGGUACCCCUGAACGUGUCGCAGUGAGCCAUGCGUUCACGGAUGUCAUGCGGUACAUGACAUACGCUGCUCUUGGUUCUUCGAUUCCUGCUCUAUUCCUAUCAUGGUUCUUGCCCAAUCACAAACUUCCUGACAAGAACAACUUGGUUGAAGAGUGA